UUCUAAAUAUUUUGCGACCCAGAUGUUUGUGGUCUGACGGAACACUUUCGGGGACAAAACUUCUAGAGUGAGAGAGUCAGGAAGAUACUGAUCAGAUGAACAAAUAACUAUUAAAAAAUAUACAUUCAUUGUCCUAAUGUUGUCAGUUGCUAAAUGCAUAUUUUUCUCAAAUUUUCCGUGAUUUCUAACAGAGUAAGGAUCCAGGAUCAGGGUAGGCAGGGGACCUGGAUGUGCAGCCAAGCCCACCAAGGAUGCACUUAGCUGGGGAACAUCUGCUGAGGCCUCCCCCUAGCACUGCCAUGGCAUCUGACCCUUCACCACCAAACCCCGCCCCUCUGGGCUCCCAGGUCCACGCAGCCGCCGUCAACGGAGACCGGAGCGUCCUCCUCAGAAUCAUCACAGUGGAUCCCUCCCUGCGUGACCGUGAGGACCAGUUUGGGCGUACCCCACUGAUGUACUGUGUCCUGGCUGACCGUCUGGACUGUGCUGAGACACUGCUGAAGGCGGGAGCCUCUGUUAACAAGACUGACCAUAGCCAACGUACUGCCCUGCACCUGGCAGCACAGAAGCAGACUGCGCUCCACUGGUCAGCGUUCUAUAACAGGCCAGAGCACGUCAGACUGCUCAUCAAACACGACUCCAACAUCGGCAUCCCAGACAGUGAGGGCAAGAUCCCCCUACACUGGGCUGCACACAGCCAGGAGCACACCGCUAUACACACCGUCCGCUGCAUACUGGAGGCGGCUCCUACCGAGUCUCUGUUGAACUGGCAGGACUAUGAGGGGCGCACGCCUUUGCACUUUGCGGUUGCCGACGGCAACGAGGCAGUGGUGGAGGUGCUGACAUCGUAUGAAGGCUGCAGCGUCACGGCGUACGACAACCUGUUCAGAACCCCGCUGCACUGGGCUGCACUGCUGGGACAUGCCAAGAUAGUGCACUUGUUGUUGGAGAGGAACACGUCAGGCACCAUCCCCUCAGACAGCCAUGGGGCCACACCUCUACACUAUGGAGCUCAGAGCAACUACGCUGAGACGGUGGGUGUGUUUCUGUCCCACCCCUCUGUGAAAGACGAGCCAGAUCUGGAGGGCCGCACAGCGUUCAUGUGGGCUGCUGGCAAAGGAAGCGAUGAUGUCAUACGCACCAUGCUGACACUCACGCCUGACAUUGACAUCAACAUGGCCGACAAGUACGGAGGCACUGCGCUGCACGCGGCCUCUCUGUCAGGUCAUGUGAGUACAGUGAGGUUGCUGUUGGAGAGAGGAGCCAUAGUGGACAGUCUAGACGUGAUGAAACACACGCCUCUGUUCAGAGCCUGUGAGAUGGGACACCGCCACAUCAUCCUCACACUUAUCAAAGGCUCUGCUCGUGUCCACCUGGUGGAUCUAGAUGGACACACUGCUCUGCACUGGGCGGCUCUGGGAGGGAACGCUGAAGUCUGCCAGUUGCUGAUGGAGAAUGGGAUCAGUCCUAACGUCCAGGACCAGGCAGGCAGGACUCCUCUCCAGUGUGCUGCUUAUGGAGGGUACAUCACCUGUAUGGCUGUACUACUCAUGGAGAACAACGCCGACCCUAAUAUACAGGACAAAGAGGGCAGGACAGCUCUCCACUGGUCCUGUAACAAUGGGUAUCUGGAUGCUGUGAAGCUGCUGCUGAACUCUAAUGCCUUCCCCAACCACAUGGAACACAACGAGGAGAGGUACACCCCCCUGGACUACACCCUCCUAGGGGAACACAGUGAGGUGACUCAGUACAUGUUGGAGCAUGGAGCUCUGUCUAUAGCGGCCAUCCAGGACAUCGCUGCUGCUUCCAUCCAGGCCCUGUAUAAAGGAUACACCGUUCGCAAGGCCUUCACCGAGAGGAAACAACUACUGAUGAGACACGAACAGCUACGCAAGGACGCAGCCAAGAAACGCGAGGAGGAGCAGCGGAGGCGGGAGGCGGAGCAGCAAAUCUCAUUGGCCAGAACAGAGAAACAGAGGAUGUUAUUGGCCCGUGCUGAGCAGGAGCAGCAGUCAUUGGCUGAGACUAUGAAGGAACUGUCAGUGUAUGAGAGAGAGGCAGGAGGCGGGGCUAAUACAGCCUCCAAAGCAGAACAGACCAAUAGCAUAGAGGAGACACGGAAACAUAGAGCACAUAGAAGCAGACCCUCCAGGAGAGGGAAGGAGGCACAGCCAGCCAAAGGCCCUGACCCCGUGGUGACCCCUCACCACUCAGUGACCUCUGACACCAUGCCCCCUGCCCAGGGGUAUAGGGUCAGGGAGCGUCUCUCUCCUGCAGGCUGUAGCCGACCCCCCAGCCCAAAACACCGACCCCCCACCACACCCAGGACCAAGAGACUCACCUCUGCAAACACACACACUCCCUCCAACACACACACUCCCUCCAACACACACACUCCUUCCAAAACACACACUCCCUCCAACACACACACUCCUUCCAAAACACACACUACCUCCAAGACACACACUCCCUCCAACACACACACUCCUUCCAAAACACACACUCCCUCCAACACACACACUCCCUCCAACACACACACUCCUUCCAAAACACACACUACCUCCAACACACACACUCCUUCCAACACACACACUCCUUCCCACACACACACUCCAUCCAACACAGACACGUCUACUCGCCCCACCAUGGAUCAAGAAGCCCCCAGCACUAGGGAACGCACCCCUAGAAGCAAGAGAGACACACACACCAACACACACAACCCCAGACACAGAACACGCCCUGCCACAGACCAUACCACCUCCUCCAGCAAGAACCACAAAGCCUCCACACAGUCACACCGCCCCAGCAGCAAGCCCAGGGAAGGGUACAGAGACCAGGCUGCCUGCACUAUCCAACGAGCCUGGAGGAGGUUCCAUGUGCGAGGCAGAUUGAGGGAGGCUUUUGGUGCUGGGAAAAGAGUGGAGCCACCUGAGGUCGCCUCUCUCCUGAUCCAGCUGCUCUGGGAUAGGCCGGCGUUCCCUGGUCACACCCCUAUUAGGACCAAGCCUGAGGCCAGAGUUCCACCCACCAAGACAGCAGCCAAGAGCUCAGUGCUGCAAAGCAUCUAUGGAGGUUCUGUGGCCCGAAGGGGGCGCUCUCUCGGGGGUUCUCAGUCUCAGAUACUACUGGACCUGUCACUACGCACACACAGCCAGCUGAGCAGUGUGGAGUGUGUGCACCUGUGUGAUGCAGUGGGGCAGGCCAGGCAGUACUCCUACCACCUCAGACCCCACAGCGCUGGACAGGGCCGGGGGAAACACUGACGACUACACACACAACCUGCAUGUGUACUUCGUGGCUCAGUUGGUAGAGCAUGGCGCUUCUACUGCUAGAGUACUGGGUUCGAUUCCCAGGACCAGCCAUAUGUGAAAUGUAUGUACGCGUGACUGAGUUGCUUUGGAUAUAAGCAUCUGCUAAAUGGUGCACAUAUAUAUGUGUGUGUUGUCUUGAAAUUACUUACCCAACUGCCUUAUCAUGGUGGAGUUAUUGGCCAGAUUGUAAACAGAGCAUCUAUAUACUGACAAGAGGGGGGGCCCCAAUGGUGUAACUAUAGGAAUAUUUUUCUACAGAGGUGGGAACUCUUUAGCCAAUGAGGGUGGGUUUGCAUGUGAAUAAUGCUGAUAUAACAGACUUCUCAGAGAUGCCGCAUGUGUCCACUUAUCAGUACAGUUGUAAUAACCUAAAUAUUACAAAAUGUAUAUUUGGUCAAAUAAGCCUCACGUAUCAAUUGGACCACCAUAUAAAAAAUCCCCAAUUAGUCUGUGUCAUGCUGUAUUUUCAGGCAGAGUAAUCCCUCUUGCAUAGCCUCUUCCUCUCAGAUUGUACUCUCUGUGCCCAGUAUUAACCAUGGAGGAGUUCUUGGCCUGAUUUUUUAUACUACUGGACACAGGAAGAGAGGACAAAGUUAUGAGACCUCACAGGGCACAGUUAAUUCAACCAACAUGGUAUGUGUGCAAGAUCAUUUCAACCAUACAGAAAAUGAACACACACACAGAGAUAACCUUUCCUCCCAUGUGGAGAAUGAGGCAGUCUGUCAACAGCCGGUCAUACAGCCAGCCCACCUGCAGACGCUGACACACACACCUGCUUGCAGACACACACACUUCCCGUCAGCCAUAACACUUGUACUAGGUUGUAGUCAACUCUACCUCAGUAUCUACCUGAGCAGGUUCCCACAGGCAUGCAUGCCCCUCCCACUUUCCCCCUUCAGCCAUAAUAGUAGGUACACAGAUGUACACAAGGUCAUUUAGGUCCAGAGGGUACACGUGUACCUGUGCUUUCUCUGUAGGACUCUGUGGAGGGGGGUAUAUUUAUGCAUUUUAUACACUCCGUUACUCUUUAAUUGUAUAUUAUACAUCACUUCCUGCCUUAAAGAAAUAGUUGACUUAAAGUUAGCCAGAUGUUUGUGGCACCUCAUCAAGAUGAACUGUCACUUAAGAAACUGUGUUUUAGUGUUGAUGCUGUUCACUCUGAUGCACUACUGUUGAGACACUAUCAGAUGCCAAGGCUUUACAUUUAUGAAUGAAUACCAACCUCAAUGUUAAUGUCCAUGUUGUUUUUCUACUCUUUUAGAAAACUUCUUAAAUAAAUACAUUGACAAGUU